CUUUGUUCUCUUGAACCGACCAGGUUCCGCCCGAAAUCAUGUCUCUGGCAAUCCACAACGCUGCCCGCAUUCCCCCAUAUCUCUUCAACACUGACCACGCCCAGCGCGUCCUGGCUCAGCUGAGGAGCAAACACAAUGGCCUCGAGAAAUAUAUCUACCUGAACGGCCUCAAGGAACGCGACCCAAAUCUCUUCUACGAGCUCCUCCUCGCCAACAUGCUUGAAAUGGUCCCCAUUCUCUAUACCCCAACCGUCGGUGAUGCUUGCUCAAAUUACUCUCACAUCUGGAGGCGACCAGAGGGUCUUUAUGUCACCAUCGAGAACAAGGGCCACAUUCGAGAAGUGCUGAGAACAUGGCCAGCGGGCCAGGCUGCCAGGAUUGCCGUCGUUACAGAUGGGUCUCGUAUUCUCGGUCUAGGUGAUCUAGGCGCGAAUGGCCUCCCCAUUUCCAUCGGCAAGCUUGACCUCUAUGUCGCCGGUGCUGGAAUCAAGCCUACGACUACUCUACCCAUCUGUCUCGACCUCGGCACCAAUACCCAAAGGUUCCUCGAGGACCCCUUGUACAUCGGUGUAAGACGGAAGCGUCCAGCCACCGCGGAGAUGGACGAAUUCAUGCACGAGUUCAUGGAGGCGAUGCGCGAAGUGUUCCCUCAGCUCCUCGUGCAAUUCGAAGAUUUCUCGACGGACAAUGCAUUCCGCUAUCUCGACCUCUUCCGCAAUCAGUAUCGAGUGUUUAAUGACGAUAUUCAAGGCACCGGCUCUGUCAUCCUUUCUGGCUUCCUCAACGCCGCUCGUAUCGCCUCAGAAGCUGCGGGCACACCCUUGACUGAGCACAGAAUUCUCUUCUUUGGUGCUGGUUCCGCUGGCAUUGGGGUUGCCAAGCAACUAUUGUCCUUCUUCACCCUUCAGGGUAUGAGUGUAGAGGAGGCCAAGAAGCGAAUUUAUACUGUCGACUCCAAGGGUCUUAUCACUGCUGACCGAAAGGGACUGCAAGAGCACAAGAUUUUCUUCGCUCGAACCGACUACCAGGGCCCUCCCUUGACGAACCUCGUGGAUGUCAUCAACUAUGUCAAGCCCACUGCCCUCCUUGGUCUCAGCACUGUCCGAAAUGCCUUCCCUGAAGAGGUCGUCCGCCUGAUGGCUUCCCUCAAUACCCGUCCCAUUAUCUUCCCCUUGUCCAACCCUGUAUCUCUGUGCGAGGUCGACUAUGCCGAUGCCAUCAAAUGGACGAACGGAUCUGUGAUCUUCGCUUCUGGUAGCCCUUACAAGCCCGUGGAGUACGAGGGUAAGACAUACGAACCCGGACAGGGAAACAACAUGUAUGUCUUCCCUGGUAUUGGAAUGGGUGCCAUCCUCUCCAAGGCACGACAUGUCACCGACUCGAUGGUCGAGCAAGCCUCGAUCGCCCUCGCCUCUUCCUUGACGCCUGAAGAGAAGGCGGCUGGCUUGGUAUACCCACGUCUCGUCCGCAUUCGUGACAUCAGCGCCCAGGUGGCCCUGGCUGUUAUCCGUGCUGCACAGAAAGACAACGUCGACGAGAACUCGCUGUUCCGAAACCUCUCAGAUGAUGCUCUCCUUGAGUACAUCAAGGCGAAGCAGUGGCAACCCGCCAGCUCCCACCUCCCACGUUUGUAGUCGUUCCAUUCCCUCUUCCUUCUUCCCUAUCACCGGUCCGUUCCUGCCCUACUCUUCGCUUUGCUUGGAUCCCUUUCCUUUUUGCUCUCGUGUACAUCAGUUGUAUUCAUAUCGCUUUCAGGACUUCCGCUGCAUCUCGCCUCUUCAGGGACUGCUAGACGUCCCCUCCUUUAAAACUGGUCCGCUCUAGAUUCUAAUUCCAUCUGGGGGAUUGGUCGUUUGCCGCUCUGUCUUUUUUUCCCCGCCAUCCUUUCCUAUGUACCCCAUCCAUCCUCCAAGUCCUCCUUCCUUGCAUUUGAGCACCCUGUGCAUUCAUCUCGUUUGUACUGCUUUCUUUUCGAUUAGCGCAUUUUACACUACAUUUCUUCCUUUGUUGUGACAGCAUUGACUUUUUCCGCAUUGGUACAUAUCUACUUACACGCUUUAAUUCACGCGUCGAGCUUUGUAUCCACCUGAAGACUAUCUAUAUCGAGGCCUUCUGGUCUGCUUGAUUCCU